AUGGCCAUCCAACUACCCUCACUCACCAUCGCCGCCGCCGCGGCAGCAUCCCCAUCUGAGACCGACAUCCCCAUUCCCGAGGAAGAAGAGUUCUACUCGUCAUGGUCUCUGUUCCUCGUUUGCAUGCUCCUUAUCCUUUCACUAUGGACGUCGUAUUAUCUGCAGAUCAAAAGGAUACGCGCGGUACAUGAGACGCUGGUGUCGAUAUUUGCGGGGAUGUUUGUGGGGUUUAUCGUUAGGCUCGCACCGGGACAUUUGAUCAGGGAAAUGUUGACCUUCAAACACACCCUCUUCUUCAACUUGCUCCUUCCCCCAAUCAUUCUGAACUCUGGCUAUGAGUUGAAACAGGCCAGUAGACACUGCGAGAAUUUCUUCCGAAAUUUCGGUUCCAUCCUCACUUUUGCCUUCUUUGGUACCUUCAUCUCCGCUGUUGGGGUUGGAGUGUUGGUAUACAUCUACUCCUUCCUCGGCCUGGAGAAGCUCGAAGUUUCUCUGCUUGAGUGCCUUAUCUUCGGAACCACGUUAUCUGCUACGGACCCGGUAACUAUCCUGGCCAUAUUCAAUCAAUACAAGGUCGACCCAAAACUGUACACUGUCAUCUUCGGCGAGAGUUUGUUGAACGAUGCCGUCAGUAUCGUCAUGUACGAGACCCUCUCCCAAUUCCAUGGAACCGAGAUCUACCUCACCUCCCUGUUCCACGGAAUCGGCAUCUUCUUGCUCUCUUUCGGCACUUCCAUGGCGCUCGGUAUCUUCUUUGGCCUUGCCAUGUCCCUCGUCCUCAAACACUCCUCCCUGGCGAUGUAUCCCGCCAUAGAAUCUUGCCUUGUCGCUCUCUCCGCCUACACCUGCUACUUCUUCUCCAACGGAACCGGCAUGUCCGGCAUCGUCUCCCUCCUCUUCUGCGGCAUCACUCUCAAGCACUACGCCUACCACACCAUGUCCCGCCGCACACAACGGACCACGAAAUACAUAUUCGCCACGCUCGCACAACUCUCGGAGAAUUUUAUCUUCAUUUACCUGGGCCUUUCGCUGUUCACGAGUCCGCCUUCAUCCGAGGCCGUGACGAGCUAUGUGAAACCACUGUUCAUCACGAUUACAACGGUGGCCGUCGUCUUCACCCGCUACGCAGCCGUCUUCCCGCUCUCCGAGGCUAUCAACUUCUUCCACAGACACGCCCGCGGCCAACGUACGGACGAACUGCCGCAUUCUUACCAGAUGAUGCUCUUUUGGGCGGGUUUGAGGGGCGCGGUCGGUGUCGCGCUCGCUGCGGGCUUCCAGGGCGAGAACGCGCAGACGUUGCGAACUACGGUGUUGAUCGUAGUCGUCGUCACGGUUUUAAUGUUUGGAGGGACGACCGCGAGGAUGUUGGAGGUGUUGGGCAUCCGGACGGGUGUGGAAGACGAGGCUGCGUCGGAUUCGGAGGACGAA